UGUUGUUGUUUCUUAGGGAAGGAUAAAGACGUUGUACCUUCAUAUAAAAGUCGUGUUGAAGUUAGCUCAGCGUUAGCUAGCAUAGCAUAGUACGUACAUCACCUUCUAUAUUGAGGGGUUUUUGAUUUAAGACGUUGAAAUAUCGCUUUAAAUGCGAAUUCACUUAUUUUGUCGGGAGUGUGUAGUGAUAUUGAGCUUCUAGGUUUUUCAUGAGUGACAGUAAGCAAUGGCGCUGAGACGUUUCCCGACGUUGGCACCGGUUUUAUGGGUUUCCUAUCAAAGUAAAACAUUUGGACGGUCAUUAAAAGCGAGUUUUCCGACAGCAAAGUCCUACAGCACCACAGCGGGAGGUGAAAACGCAGGACGAGUUGCGGGACAGACUGUGGUCACGGAGCGCAGGGGGUGCGUGGUUACCGUGGGGAUAAACCGCCCUGAGGUGCGUAAUGCGGUGAACCAGGAGACGGCGAGGCGUCUGCUCGAGGAGCUGGAGGCCUUCGACAGUGACCCAGACUUGAAUGUGGCUGUCCUGCAUGGGAAAGGAGGGAAUUUCUGUGCUGGUUAUGAUCUGAAGGAGCUGGCCAAUCACACAGCCUCCCUCAAAUUGGAGCAAGAUGUCACCAAGGGUCCCGGUCCGAUGGGUCCAUCCCGUUUGCAGCUGUCAAAGCCGCUGAUAGCCGCAGUCAGUGGCUUUGCCGUGGCUGGAGGGCUAGAGCUGGCUCUGCUGGCAGAUCUGAGAGUGGUGGAGGAGAGCGCCGUCAUGGGGGUGUUCUGUCGCAGGUUUGGUGUCCCCCUGAUUGACGGAGGCACAGUGCGACUCCCGCGUCUCAUUGGUCUGUCACGAGCCCUCGACCUAAUUCUGACUGGACGACCUGUCGGAGCACAGGAGGCUCUUGCCUACGGACUGGCUAACAGAGUUGUUCCUGAUGGCCAAGCUUUACAGGCUGCUCUGGAGUUAGCAGAGCAGAUCAGCGCCUUCCCUCAGCAGUGUCUGCGGGCCGACCGCUCCUCAGCCAUGUACAGCUGCUAUGACGCUCUCUCCUUCACACAGGCCAUGCAGUAUGAGAUUGACCAUGGCGUUCCUGUGAUCCAAUCAGAAGCUGUCGCCGGAGCAACCAGGUUCACUACUGGAGCAGGGAAAGGAGGAAAAUUCUCAUAGGAUUUAAUUUACGGAGGCCUCGUGAAUUGUGAUUUUCAGGUGAUCUAACAUAUCUUGCUGCAUCCAUGUUGGAGGACCAUGUUUAUGUUUUUAAACAUACAUUGAACUCAACCACGUCAACAAUACUGAACAAACCUGAUCAGUUUUAGACCAAAUUCCCUCCGGUUUGAUCUUGUAUUCUAACACUGCCUGCUCGUUACUGAGCCAUCCAUAUUAGCUUGUUAGCUAUGCAUCACUUCUUUUCAGAAGUAGAUAUGGUGAGUAGUAGUUCCUGCAAAGUCUGUACUGCAAUAAAAUUGUACUGAAAUGGUUA